CUUUUUUCAAGGAGUGGAAGAAAAAGGAAAAACCCUUCUUCUCCAACACGAAAGCAUAUCAUAAAUCACCAUCUCUCUGCAGAAGGAGCACUCAUCGCAGUGAAGCAAAUCACAUACUAAUUCGAUCAAUCUCAAAGUUCCAAUCAAACCAAGAUGUUUCUCACAAGGACUGAGUAUGACAGAGGAGUAAACACCUUCUCCCCUGAAGGCAGGUUGUUUCAGGUUGAGUAUGCCAUUGAGGCCAUCAAGUUGGGUUCGACUGCUAUUGGGUUAAAGACAAAAGAGGGUGUUGUGCUUGCUGUGGAAAAACGUAUCACUUCGCCUUUGCUGGAACCCAGCAGUGUGGAGAAAAUUAUGGAAAUUGAUGACCAUAUAGGAUGUGCCAUGAGUGGACUGAUUGCUGAUGCUCGUACACUUGUUGAGCAUGCACGCGUUGAAACUCAGAAUCAUAGGUUCUCCUAUGGUGAGCCAAUGACUGUGGAAUCUACAACACAAGCUCUUUGUGAUCUGGCCCUUCGGUUUGGUGAAGGUGAUGAAGAGUCCAUGUCUCGACCAUUUGGAGUAUCUCUUCUAAUUGCAGGUCAUGAUGAGCAUGGGCCCAGCUUGUACUAUACUGAUCCAUCUGGCACAUUUUGGCAAUGCAAUGCAAAAGCUAUUGGUUCAGGUUCAGAAGGUGCAGACAGCUCUCUGCAAGAGCAAUACAACAAGGAAUUGACUCUUCAAGAAGCUGAGACAAUUGCUCUGUCUAUUCUUAAGCAAGUUAUGGAAGAAAAGGUGACUCCCAAUAAUGUUGAUAUCGCAAAGGUUGCUCCAACAUACCAUCUGUAUACCCCUUCUGAGGUGGAGGCUGUCAUUAGUCGCCUAUAAGCUCUCGUGUUAAUCUGAAUUGAAUUUGUUUCUGUAUUUGUUAAGUUACAGAAAAGGAUUUCGGAUUUGUUUAUGGUUGAUGAUUUUGACCAGUAAGCCAAGAAUAUUAUCAUCCGACUUUGAUGAGCAGAUGCCAUCCUGUGCUCUAAUGAAAGAUUUCAUGUGAACUGAUGAAAAUUUUGCAGUCAUUUUGUUUGGCGCACAAUUCUCCCAUUA